AUUCGUACAAAAUGCGGUCAAUAGUCAAACUGUGUACUCUACUUCUGUCACUUGGAUCGGCAGCAUUUGCUAUUCAACCUGUCCGCCAAGAAAUUUCACCUGAACUGCUAGAUAACUUCACCCGUUUCUCUCAAUAUGCUGCUGUCACUUACUGCGACCAAAACAUCAACGCAACUGGAAGAAAACUCACAUGCGAUUUUGGAAAUUGCGACCUGAUCGAAAAGGCAGAGACCCUUACUAUCAAUACAUUCCAGCAUCACAACGCCAACGACCCAACCGGCUAUCUCGCCGUAGACAAAACAAACAACCUCAUCAUCCUGGCUUUCCGCGGAACCGCAAGCAGAGAUGACGGACUGGCCGAUAUAAACAUUGGGCCAGUCAAGGUAGACGAUGUAUGCAAAGACUGCUAUGCCCAUAAAGGCUGCUGGCAGUAUUGGAGUACCGUUGCCGAUGAGGUUCUGCCGAGUAUCGAGAAUGUCACUGCCACGUAUCCGGACUAUACUCUUACUGUUGUAGGACACAGUCUGGGAGGGGGAGUAGCUACGCUUGGGGCAACUGUUUUGCGAAAUGCAGGAUAUGAUCUUGACCUGUAUACAUUUGGCUCUUUGAAGGCUGGCGAUUAUUCUCUGGCAGAAUACAUCACUGAACAGUCCAACAGAACAUAUCGAGUCACACACGACGAUGACUGGGUUCCCAAGGCGCCCCCAUAUAUCCCACUACUGGGUCUGCUGCAUCUUGACUUUAGCCAGCCAUCUCCUGAAUACUGGAUUGAUAAACCCACUGGCAAGCCUGUUAACACGUCAGAUGUCAAGGUAAUUGAAGGCAUCAACAGCCAUGAGGGAGUCGAAAGUACAGGUGACUUUCUGAACUUUGAUAUGGCUGCUCAUGAUUGGUAUUUUGGAAAUCUCACUGUCUGUUCGACUUAUAGAGUCUAGGAUAUUGUCUUGUCUGAUGUACUGGGUGAUUUAUUCUGCACACUCCUAUUCAGUUCUUUUUUUAAAAAAGAACAGCGACUUUGCUUGUAUAUAUUAUAAUAAUAUAUGCUUAUUAGGAUUGUUAAAUAUUUUGGUUUCUGGAUACCCAUCACUGGCG